AGAAGAAGAAGAAGAAGAAGAAGAAGAAGUAGCGGAUAAUAGAGGAAGUUUCACUAAAUAAAGCAGUCUUUCUGUAAGCAACUUUUUAUUUGUGAGAAUUGCGUGUACACUUGGGACAAAAGCGUGACCCUGGAGCACAUACGGAGAACUUGUCAGACUCGUUUGAGUAGUGACUUAAACUGAAAAGCAGAUCCAAAGUUCAACACGGUGAGACUCAGCUUAGAGCUGCCAGAAUAGCAGGCCAAAGGUGGACCGCCCCUUUUUUUCCCCCUUCAACCAUCGUGAGAGCAUGAGCAUGAGAAGUGGAAAUGUCAAGGCUAGUUGAUGUCGGCAAUGCAGCGUGGCGUCGUGUCAUGUGAGAGGAUUUGUCUCCAAUCUGGAAAUAAGGGAUUUAAAAUCUCGGAGGGUUCGAGUCGGCGUAAGAAAACCUGCAGCAAACGUUUCCAGAUCAUUUGAAUAAUGCUGUUUAUGAUAAUAAUGAUAACAGUGACUUUAGCAUAAAGUAUAGGUAACAGCAGGCAAAUGUAAAGCCAGUGGUUGCCAGGUUUUGCAAUAUUGAGCCAGUUUUUUUGUGUGUGUUUUUUUUUCUGUGAAAAAGUUUUAAGCGUAUUUUGUGUUCACAAAACUGUAAGCUGUUGUGCCUACAAAUGAACUACAUUUAAAUAAAUAACAAAUGGGAUGAAGCUGGGAAACCCCUCCACCGAGUGACCUCCAGCUCCAUGCUCCGGCUCUAUCCUCCAUGCUCCACGCUGGCUCGUAGUAAGAUGUCGACUCCGGAUGCGGCGCAACCUCCCCCCAAACCCGAGCUCAAACAGAAACCCCGAAUCCCCACAAAACCCGACACCAACACAUCACACACACCUCCAACGGACAAGGACCCGCUGAAUAAAAACAGCGGGAAAGUUCAUGAGAUAGUCAGCAAGUUUAACCACCAUGAUCCCCCUCCUCCUGCUGCAUGUCCUGCAGAUGAACCUGGACGUAAAAAGAAAACGAAGCGAGCGCCGACGCUCAGACCCAAGCCCAAAAUCAAAUUUGUUCCUCAGGCCACGGCGGAGCAGGUGCCACCUCUGCCCCUGAAACAACGUCAGACACAGAGAAAAGACGCAGAGCAGAACAUGGGCUCAGGUGAUGUCACGGAUAGCAGACGAUCAGCCCCUAAUGGAAAAGAGGUGGAGCAGCAGGGUGCAAGGUGGAGGGCGGAUCAGGAACCUAACUGUGAUAAGAGCUGCUCUUGUGUGUGUCACCAGCAGCGUCCUGGCAUGAAGCUGGUAUGGGUGAAGAUAUCCGAGAAGGCGGAAAAGGAAGAGAAAGAAGAGGUCAAACACUCAGACGAAGACAUGGUCCCUGAGGAAUCGAGUGAUAGCGAAGACGAUGAAGUGGAUUUAGAACUGUAUCAGAGCGUGUCUUCAGAAUCAGAUUACAGCCUGAAUGAAUCUCUGAACGACAGUAAGAGCAAGUUCAAGGCGACACUGAAUAUCAUCGAGCGACAGUUGAGGAGGAAAUCCGAUCCCGGUCCCGAAGCUGUGCUUCACUCCAUCAACUUUCUGCCUCAGCACCUCAACAAGACCCACUCAGCAUCAGAGGAGGAGUCUAUUUAUGAAGCCACGAUCAGUGUGAUCUCUGCUCCCAGACAGACAAUGGAGAAAACUUUGAACAUUCCUGAAAUCCAAGUGAACAAAUCUCCUCCUGCCGUUCCACCUCGAAUGCCUCUGGAUAAAUCCAAAGGCAGAUGCGUUCCCAGGAGAGUUCCUCUAUCGCCCCAUUCGGGAGCACCCCAAUUGCCAAAGCUGCCUUCUGGAGAUCAGGGACCCGGCGAACGCGUGCAGCCGGUUCGUCCUCCGCCACUUCCUCCGGCCAGAGCCACUAACGACAAACGCCUGAGCAACCUCUCUCAGACGAGUAAAGGUGAAGAUGAUCAAAGCAGUGGUGGAGAUGCUGAAAACAAGGAGCCGAGACGCACUGCUGGACUCGCUCGACAAAAGUCGCUCGACAUGGAGGCUCAGAUGCCGGAAGAGCUACUGUACCAGAUUUACACCGAAACCUUCAUAUCGAGGGAGAUCCGGCGGCAGACGGUGUGUCGCAGCAUCAGUAAGACGAGUGCCGAUUACCCGAUGGAUUACGGACCCCCGCGGAUCAGCAGUGGAUCGGGCUCGGCCUCGGGGGCUGAUGGCAUGAGAAGCAGUCCUGUAUCCUUCCAGACGACGUUGUGGCAGGACCAGCCUACUGUCCGAGACAGCGGCAUCCUGAACACCAUCACACCAGAGGAGUGCAAGUACCAGGAGAGCAUGUUCGAGGUUAUGACCUCAGAAGUGUCAUACUUGCGUUCCCUGGGCGUCCUGACCGACCAUUUUAUGGAGUCACGAGAACUCAGUGAGAUUCUCAUUAACCGGGACAAGAAAACUCUCUUCUCCAACAUCCUGCGCAUCCGAGAAGUCAGUGAGAAGUUUCUUAAAGACCUGAAGGACCGUCUGGAUGAAAGUUUACUCCUCACUGACAUCUGUGAUAUCAUUAACUACCACGCGCAGCACAACUUCCCUGCGUACAUCGACUACGUUCGGAACCAGGUCUAUCAGGAGAAGACCUUCAGCUCGCUUAUGCAGACGAACUCGGGCUUUGCCACGGCCAUCGCUCAUCUGCAGGAGUCUCCUAUAUGCCAGCGGCUGCCCUUUUCAUCCUUCCUGCUGCUGCCCUUCCAGCGAAUCACACGCAUCAAGAUUCUCACUGAGAACAUCCUGAAGAGAACCUCAGAGGGCACCAAACAAGAAGAGAUGGCCUCAAAAGCUCUGGCUGCUGUGUCCAAGAUUAUAGAUGAGUGUAACACCCAGGUUGGGAAGAUGAAACAGAUGGAGGAGCUGAUAGAGAUCAACAAGACGCUGGAGUUUGAUAAACUGAAGGCCGUGCCGAUCAUCUCACAGACCCGUUUCCUGGAGAAGAGAGGAGAGCUGCAGGAGAUGGCUAAAGGUGGAACCCUGUUCAAUUUCAAACCCAAGCUGACGCCCGUCUUCCUCUUCCUCUUCAACGACCUGCUCGUCUUAGCCAACAAGAAAGGCUCGGAGCGCUACGUGGUGAUUGACCACGCCCACCGCUCUCUGGUGCAGGUUCACGCUAUGGGAGAGCAAGCGAUCGGGAUGAAUCUGGAGAACUGCUUCUGCCUCACGCUGCUGGAGAACCAUCAGGGACGCAUGAUGGAGAGGGUCUUAAAAGCCCCGUCUGAGUCUGAUAUGCACAGAUGGCUGGCAGCGUUUCCCAACCCCGAGGAUCCGAACCGAGAGCAGGAGGAGGUCAUAUAUGAAGACUGGGACUGUCCACAGGUGCAGUGUGUAGAGCGGUACGUAGCCACUCAGGCUGACGAGUUAAAUCUGGAUCCUACAGAGAUCAUCAACGUCGUCCGCAAAACCAACGAAGGAUGGUACGAGGGGAUUCGUCUCUCUGACGGUCAGAAAGGUUGGUUCCCCGUCAGGAACGUUCUGGAAAUCACCAGCGAGCACAUGCGGCGACGGAACCUGCGAGAGCGAUACCGCGUCAUUCAGGCAGCCAGCGCCAUGACCAACAAGACACGGACCAACUCGUGACCGCACAACACACACACACACACAUAUGGACAUUUUGUUCUUUUACUGGACAUUCAGAAGAAAAAGAAGAAGAAUAGAAAUCAGUUCUGAUUUAUUUUAAGCAUCGCACCGCAGUACAGAGAUCAGCACACUGCCAUUCAGUUCUGUCUUAUUAAAACCUUUUUCUUUUACACCACGGUGUGUGUGUGUGUGUGUGUGUGUGUGUG